AUGAACAACAAUGAAGCAAAUAACAACACUCCCAACAAUGCACGUGGUGGCGGACGUGGUCGUGGAUAUAGACGUGGAGGUAGACGCGGACGUCACAGACACUCUGGCACCUUUGUGUUUGUUGACCCUACUUUUCAGCACAACACCAUGCCUGUGAACAACAGCAAUGCCCUAUCUAAGAACAACAACACUGAUCAAACAUCCGCACGUCCACCUCGACCUACGUUCGUACUACAUCCACUUUUACCUACAUCCGAACCACAUCCACCUCCACCUACAUCCGCACCAGCUCCACUAAGAUCAACCGGCACUUCGAGAAAUAAUCGAACUUCUGAGGAGCAUAUCGCACUUACCCGCCAACUCGGUGUAGACAUGAUGCAUCGAAUGGCAGCAGUUGCCAGUCGUAAUAGAGAAACUGCAUCGGAAGAUCUGCAAACAAAAAGACGACAAGAGUCCAGAGACAAAUAUCGGCUGCUAGAAGAAUCAACAAGUAGACGAGAGGCCAAUUUGAAAGAGCAUAGACGUAAACGUAUGUCUGAUAUGGAGACUAUUAUGAGUAGAUUUGCAGCCAUUCGACGAGGCGAUAGUGAUACCAUUACAGAUGGUUCAUAUUCUACUGACAAUAAUAAUUAA